AUGGCCCUCCUCGCCAAAGCAGCAUAUUUUGCAUCCCACCCAUAUUACCUAGGCCUCUUGAUGCAAUGGCACCUAUUCCACAAGCCCUCAAACAAAGCCCCCGAAACGGAAACAGCAAAAACAUGCUUCAAGUUCCUAGACCAUUCGAGCCGGUCGUUCGCCCUCGUUAUCAACCAGUUACAUCCUGAGCUGCGCCUCCCGAUAUGUAUAUUCUACCUCGUUCUUCGUGGUCUGGAUACCAUUGAGGAUGAUCCGUCUAUCCCGGAUGACGUCAAGGAAUCUCUUCUUAGGGGAUUUAGUGCGCAUUUGGAUGAAGAUUGGACGUUUGCGGGUAAUCGGGCGGAGGAGAAGGAUCGUGAGGUGCUGGUCCAUUUUGAUGUUGUGACGGGUGAAUUUAGGAAGUUGAAGGGGGUUUAUCAAGGCAUUAUAAGGGAUAUUACUCGUCUGAUGGGCGGUGGUAUGGCUGACUAUGUUGUUGGUAGGGAGAUUUGCACGGUUGAGGAGUAUGAUCAUUAUUGUUGGUAUGUGGCGGGGAUAGUAGGGCAGGGACUAACACAACUGUUCAUUGAGACGGGGUUUGCGGCGGAAACCCUGAGGAAUGAGGAGUUGUACCGGUCGAUGGGCUUGAUGCUCCAGAAGAACAACAUUAUUCGGGACGUGCACGAGGAUUAUCUGGAAGGUCGACACUUUUGGCCGCAGCAAAUUUGGGGCAAGUACGUGGACAACUUUGACGAUUUGUUUCUGAUGGAGAAUCGUGAACAGGCGGUCAUGUGUAGUUCGGAAAUGAUUCUCAAUGCACUGCGCCACGUGCCUCAUUGUAUGGUAUAUUUAUCCAAGAUACAGGAGAAGAGUGUCUUCAUGUUUUGUGCUGUAGCGCAGUGUAUGGCACUCGCGACGCUGGAGGCAUGUUUCCGGAAUGGGAGUGUAUUUGAGGAGAGUGUCAGGAUCAGUAGGGGCCAGGUUAUGGAGGUUUUGGUGUCGUGUGCGGAGGGGAGAGUCUGGGGGAUUUGUGGGAUGUAUGUUGGUAGGAUUAAGGGGAGGAAUGGGGUUGGGGAUGCGAACUUUGGGGCGAUUAGGGAUGUUUGUUGUGAGAUUGAGGAUGUGCUUGAUUCUUUGGAAGAGGGAGAUGGUGAUGAGGAUGGGGAUGGGCUUGACUCACUGUGCUGUGCCAUGGGUCACACACUGGAGACCUGUCCAAGCGAGGUCAUCGAAGAAGUCGUCAAACUCCUAGACUGGAAAGACAUCCAGACCCUGCGACUCACAGGCAAGGAGAUAUCUACGAAAGCGUCACAAGGGCGCCUUCACCGUACAUGCCUGUCAAAAUACGUUGACCUUACGAACGAUGCGUUGCGAGCCUUUACCACUGCCCUUUCGAGUCUGGGCAAGGUACCUCGCGUCAAGCACCUGUAUCUAGUUGGCUUGGUGCCGAAGAAAAAUGAGCCGCUUCGCCAACCAGUGGGAGAGAGUCAUCUGCUCGUAGAAGCAUUCAAUGAGAUCGCCAAGCGCAGCACAAACGGUCGCCUUGAGUCACUCACGCUUAGGAUGGCCGUCGCUUGCAGUGACGGCACUAGACUGCUGCCAGUGGAAGUGAACGACACUCCUGACAGAGUGAAGGUUCUCAUCGCGCCGAGGGGUAUUACCAUACCGAAGAAUGUGUGGUCUUGCGCAGCUGAGACGUGGAAGUUGAUGUUGCGAGCCCUGGCGGCGAGUGAGUUGCGCGUUGAGAACAUCAACGCCUUCAACGAAGCAGACAUGCAUCGGUGCAGCAUACCGUGCGAUCACAUCGGCACGAAGUAUGGCCCUGGCCUUGCAGAAUCAGUCAAGCCCCUCAAGUCUCUGUCGCUCAGCAUCUGCGACAGGGUCUUUCACGUCGCGGAAGAUAGUCGCGGCAGAGCCGUUACCUUUGAGGUUGAUAGUAGCGACAGCGAGGAUACGACGACAGAUUACCACGCUCAAGCUGCCGAGGAGGAAAAUUUCGUCGGCAUCGCCAAACUCAUUGAGCUGUGCCCACGGCUUGAGCAUCUCAAUCUGCACUAUUUUCACAUGUACAACAAGAAACUAAAUGUGCUCACCGAGUUUCGCUCCGAGAGGAUCCUGCAACAUGUCGUAGAGCUGGACAAGCUGCCCAGGUUGACUGGUUGCACGCUCCGUGGACUAUCGGCCAGAGGAGAUGACUUGCUUGAUCUUAUCACACGGACAAGGCCGGAGCGCUUGUCUCUGCAGACUAUUCAAUUAUGCCAGGGGAGGUUUGCUCCGAUAAUUGAGUACUGCGGGAGCGAUGAGGCUGACAUGAAGGCAUUGCUGCUGGACACUCUCUACGAGCCAAGAGAGGGCCAUGGUGGCAAUGAGAUGGUUCACUUUGAUGUCGAUGUUGAUCGUUAUCCAGCUAUAACUGAUGUGCUUGAAGCGCAUCUGGCAAGUAUUAGCGGCGGCAGCGAGAGGUUACAACGGGAUCAAGAUACAAUCAAGCUGCCGAUUCCGUUUUUCGUGUCGUGUCCGUGGUUUAUUGGAAGUCCGUUUACAGUGGCAUAUAGAACGAGACAGCGCUUAGAAUAUGGCUGA